AUGUCUCGCGUAGAACUGGCAGUUGAAUACACUUACGCUGGUGAUGAUUACCCGUGGGAAUUUCCCGUCGAUCUCACCCAUGAAGCCGUCGCGAUGACUCUUCACAAGAGUGUGCAUUUUGCUCUAAACGCAUCUGAUACAGAAUCUCAACUGGAGUGGGAGAGCCUCCAAAUUGGUCGCACCCAUCUAGGACCAGAGCAGCGACUUUUCGUGCUGGUCUUCGGUCAUCAGCUUCACUGUUUAUGGAUACUGCAGGAAGCUCUCCUCGACUACAGCCGUGACGAACCCCUUACCAAUGAUCAUCACGCACAUCACUGUCUCAAUUAUCUUCGGCAGACUCUCAUGUGUGAUUCUGCGCAUACACUAGAAAUGGGAGACUUUUUGAAAGUCGAUUACGAGAAGGACAGAGUGGGGGACACAUUAGUGUGCAGGGACUGGAGUAAGGCCAUUUCUGUAUCUGAAGAGUACCACGAGAAGUGGUUGCAGUGGAGGGCACAUUGGGAUUGA